AUGCUCGAGGUCCUGGGGCACGCGACGCACAAGGGGAGGCUGGGGCAGCAGGGCUUGUUUGGCUGGGUGAAAAGGGGGCACCUGGCAGCAGCCCACUACCACGUAAAGGUCGGCUGCGAAGCCAAACUGCUCUCGGUCCUGGAGAAAUAUCCUAAUACACCUAUGAGCCAUAAAGAGAUCCUUCAAGUGAUCCAGAAAGAAGGACUUAAAGAAAUCAGUGGGACUUCUCCUCUUGCAUGCCUGAAUGCUAUGUUACAUACAAACUCCCGAGGGGAAGAGGGCAUUUUCUAUAAGGUCCCGGGGCGCAUGGGAGUGUACACGCUGAAGAAGGAUGUUCCAGACGGGUUGAAGGAGCUCUCUGAUGGCUCAGAGGAGAGCAGUGAUGCCCAGUCCGACUCUCAGAGCUCUGAGAACAGCAGCAGCAGCAGCAGCAGCAGCAGCGACAGGUGCAGUAACAAAGAUGGGAAGAAAAGCAGAUGGAAAAGGAAAGGUAAUUUUCCUUUUCAGGAGUGAUGGUUUUAACGUGGUCUGUGUGUGUGAAGGACUUGGAGGUUUUUACUCAUCGCAUCUGUUGCCUUAUAAAGACAGGCUGUUACGGGAGCCUAAAAUCUGCCUUUACAAUAGUAAAGUGCUCAUGGAUUGAACUGGUGAUGCCAGUGCUGAUUUACUGUUGCAGGAACCGAAGGGGAGAAGGUACCUGUAAUUAAGUGUCUGUAUUUAAGGCCUUGACACAAGUCACAGACCAGCACACUGUGCUUCACGCCCAGGAACAGUGAAUCUAUUUCUUCCAGGUUUUCUCUGCCAUCCCCCAGCUUUCCCAAGAAGAUUGCACCUUUUAUUUCUGGCCUCUUUUGAUGCUUUUGGAUACAACACUGACUAGGAAUGAGCACAGAAUCUCUGAGGUUAAAGCCUGUUAUGUGACCUGACGGGUCCCUUAGGGCUUGGGCUUCAGCCACUGCACUCUUUUCUUCUGUCCUGUUUUGGACUCCUUUCCCUCAUAUACCAGGCAAUAUUUAGUUAUUGAAUACUGUUGAACAUUAAAUCAUUUUACAACCUUAGCUAAUACAGUAAAGUGCUGGUUUUUGCUCCACUGCUGUGUCUGGGUGGUUGCUGAAGUUGGAUGGUUCAGCAAUGUUUCGAGGAUAUCUAGAUUCUGGAUUUUCUACGGAAGUAGUGCAAGAGCACCAGGCGGAGGAAAUGGUGGAUUUCACUCUGUUUUGAAUCCUGAUAUCUUUGCCACUCUGAGGAGGCAAUGUAUCUUGUCAGAUACUGCCAUAUCAUGCUGUCUUCAGGAAAAGUGGAAAUCAGCACCUCUCAGCCAAUUAUAUUGUACAAUGCAUUGUAAUAUUUACAUCCUGUAUUAGCAAUAAACUGAAGUUCCCAUCUUGCCCGCCUCUAGUUUCAGCACC